AUGAGGUUUAGAAAUCUACUCGCAAGUCAAUUCUUGAUUUGGGCUUUUAUUGUGGAAACUGUUUUAACUACGGAUAUAUACUAUGUCACCACUCGAAAGAAUGGUGGUCGAAAUGAAAGUAACGGAGGUACGAAUGGCGAUACAGAAUUGUGGAUUCGAGGUGCCGGCUUCAUACCUAAUGCAUUCACUGGAUUCUCAUCAGCGAACACCGCCUACAAGGUCAAAUUAGUGAAUAACUACACUGCAUAUGAUUGUGAUGUUGACGUCAAUGAGAUCACUGAUACUCGAAUGUUAUGCUAUACAACGGCAAUGCCUGAGGGCAAGUAUCUGGUUCGGGUUUAUGUUAAUAACGUCUUGGUGCCAUUAGAGAACUAUGGUGCGACAUUGUAUUAUGCUUUUUUCAAUGUAGCGCAACAGUAUACACCGGUAAUAACAGGUAUUUCAACGGUAUCUGGUUUACCACAGAGAUUGGUUUCGAUAAAUGGUAAUUUUCGAACGAAUUGUUAUUCACGCGAUACGAAUUAUUGUGCUCAAGACAAAACUCCAAUCAUUUCACGUAUUUAUAUCGGUGAUUAUAUUUGUAACUUGAUCGAUCCUAUUCGUGGAACACUUUAUGCGAACGUUACAAAUACCUCUCUUCAAUGUCGUUGCGACAGCAAUGUUAUUGGAAUAUUCAAUGUUAGUUUGAUCGUUACAUAUUCUUACGGUCGUUCUUCCAUAUCGAUGAAUUUGUACAAACUGUCAGCUACUGGCCAAUUGUAUACUUUUCAAACUUAUCCUAUUAUUUCGAAUAUUUCACCGACUAACGGAAGUCUACAAGGCGGUACAGUCCUAACUAUCAACGGACAGUAUUUCAGUGAUAAUAAUAAUCAAUACUUGCUAGCAGUCAAUAUUGCUGAUGCACCUUGCACAAUUCUCAGUGUCAAUUUGACAACCAUUCGAUGUCAAACAUCACAAAUGUUCAACACUAAUCGUUCUUAUUAUCACGGUGGCCGUGGCUUUCAUAUGUACUCCGAGAAUAUAUUCAUCGAUUUAGAUCGCUUGGGUAAUUCCACUCCUCCGAUGCCUGGUGUAAAUGCAAAUAGAACAUGGGUAGAGGGGGCAUCGUUCUCUGCUGCGAAUGUUUCCAAUACUACUGUGUGGUUCAUUGGAUAUUUACGUCCGCCCAAGACUGCGUUUUUUAUAUUUCAAUUGGAUACGAAUGUUGGUAGUGUUUUGUUUUGGAGUAAGGAUGAAACUCCGAAUAAUACCGUUCAAAUUGCCAGCAGAAAUGCGAGCGUAUCACGGAAAAUCUGUUUAAAUAACAAUACGAAUUAUUAUUUGACAUGCGUCGGAUCAAUAAACCAACGAGGUGUUUUUCGUUUAUCUAUCAAAGUGAAAAUGUAUGAAGAAAAUACAGUCAUCGGAAAUGGAGAUUCAGGAAUAGUCGAAAUCCAACGGAUUAGUUAUAAUAGUUCGGAUAUCCGAGAACAACAAAGAAUCGUCUAUACGAUCAAUUCAUCCGUCACUGCCGUAUCCGAAGUGCAAAAGGUAGUUUUCCAAUCCACAUCAUUUCAACUUGGUUUCCGAGGGGUUUAUACAAUCGAAAUACCAUUGUAUGCUGAUAAGGACGAUGUUGCCAAAGCUUUAAAUGAUUUACCAACAGUUUAUCCACUAGCGGUUAAUGUAACUUUAGAUACCAACUCAUACGUAGUCACGUUUCCGCAACAGAUGGGUGAUGUUCCACUAUUGACAAUCAUCUCAUCAAGUAACAGCAGUCGACGAAAUGUAACAGAAGUUACGAAAGGUGUACCAUCUGGUUCUUAUAUUGCUUUGGAAUUAGACGGCGCAGUCACACAGUAUUUGGAUUUUUCAAACAGAUCUGUGACCAAUCAAAUGCUUGUCAAUGAAUUCAAGCAGCUAUUUACCAUUCGUUGUCCACCCUCACUCUAUGAUCAAAGCGUAGAUCCAGAUAUCAUCAUUGCAAAUGAUUUUGAAAGCAACCUUUCUCCAUACGAUGACACAUUCAACGUUAGAGAAAGCGCAUUUUGUGGUCGCGGUGCAACUACAGUUACUAAUGUUGAGGCAAGUUUAGUCACGGGUAAUUCAGAUCAGUCUGCUGAAUACAUCUGUUUUGCAUACAAACUUCCUCAAGGAAAGUCAAAUAUUACAAUGUAUUUUAAAGUCGAAAGUGAUCGCGAUUUCGAUUCAUCGAUCACCGAAACAUUGUCAAUACCUCGAUCACUCAUUUCCGACAACUAUUGGCAUUACACAUGUAUUGCAUUACGAGACACAAUUCAAAGAUAUUUCCCUUACUUUUUGUAUGCUAACUAUAUCAUCGUUCAAGAUGUUUUUCUCGAUUCGGAUUCCCAAGAUGUCAUGUUCGACACAGUUACAUUAAGAAAAACUAUUCCCAAUGGAUAUGAAAAUGAGGCUAAAAUUAUGUCCAGUGAUCAAUCAGCAUCAAAUGCCUGCACUUUCCCGUUCAAGUACAACGGUGAAAGUUAUUCUCGAUGUAUUAUUAUCAACGAAGAAAAUCUUCCGGUUUGUUUAUCAUCGACGAAUCAAACAUAUUACUGUCAAAGUUCGUCAAUCGAAGGCGUUCGACGAUUUUAUCCAAAAUAUCAACUUUUAUACAAUUCUCUCCAAAUAAGACAUACGCCACUGAAUCGUACAAUUGAUAUUUCAUUUCAAUACACAACGUGCCGUUCACCAACAUUGAUUAAAGCAUUGCCUGCCAUCUACACCAAUGUAACAUCUUUCAGCAAAACAUCUGAACCACUUGAGGGCACAUAUGACAUUCAAUUCGACGGAGAAACCUAUGCAUCAGUCCCAGUGAAAUUAACUGCUGUUCAAAUGGCAGAUCUUUUUCAAUCAUUUGAUAAGAUCGGCUAUGUAUCAGUGAAUCGUGCAGGUAUAUGUCCAUCUUAUUCGUAUAAUAUAAGUUGGUUUGCAAAGCGACAACAACCACGAAUAACAAUUGUCAAUACAACAAAUGUACGACCGAUAGGUUUAUCAAUUCGUUCGUCGUCAGUGCAAGUUGGCAACGACGGGAAUAUUUUUUACGAUCUUCCAAAUGACAUGAUGCGAACAUGUCAUGAUACACCACAAGUUGAAGUUCUUGUUAAUGGCUUUGCAUCGUAUUGUUCAAAUCUAAAUAACAGCUGUCAGUUCCAAGUUUUGAUGACGCAAACACCAAUGAUUAUAUCAAUAGAACAAAACGGAACGCAUUUAGUCAUUUUAGGUGAUGGAUUUAGUUCAUCAAAAGAAGAAAACAAAGUAUUGAUUGGCAAACAAGGUUCAUGUAAUGUCACCGAUGCUAAUCAAACGUAUAUUAUUUGUGAAAUUAACUAUGCACCACCGGGUUCACAGAUUGUGCGAGUUAAUGUUAUUAAUAAAGGUUUUGCAUCAAGCAAUACUACUCUCACAGUUAAUGUCCCUCUAGCUAUUCAUUCGUUUGAUCCACCAGCAGGAGGAAUUGGCGGAGGUUAUUCAUUAAGAAUUGAUGGUAAUGGCUUUUCACCGAACACGACUAUUACUGUGGACGGAAAGUUGUGUAUUAACUCUCAAUUGAUGAAUUUCUCGUCGAUUCGCUGUAUUGUACCUCCUUCUACGUCAUACAAUGAUCACCAGGUUAUUCUAUCUGCUGUUGAUGGACAAAUGUUGGUCAAUGCAUCAACACUAUUUACAUAUAAUUCAACUAAUCAACCUUUUAUUAUGUCUAUCCAACCAUCUGUUGUUACAAUGGCCGGUGGGAGAGUGAAUAUAAAUGGCUCAGGCUUUGGAAAUCAAUCCUUCUCGGUGUACGUGGGUUCCAAGAGUGCUACCAUUGUAUCGUCGUACAUGAAUUUGAUUCAAAUCGAUUUACCGCAGUUACCACCCGGCCUUUAUCCCAUUAUCAUUAGUACGUCAACAGGCCUCGUUCAAUCUCCUACUCCUAUCGAAUAUCGAUUUUAUAUCCAACAAAUUAAACCUUCGAUUAAUUCAUUAUAUGGCGGCAGUGAUGUUUAUAUCGACGGUGUUGAUUUCCCUAACUGGACAUCGGUUCAAUUUCGUAACGAAAACAAUCGUCUUCUUUCAUGCGACAUCAUUUCUCUGCAAUCCAAUCAAAUACAUUGUCAAGCACCAUCUUUUGUCCAACAAGUAACGAUCACAGCUGAUGGUGUUCAUCCAUCAUAUGGUCCUGGUUUUGCUUGGUCACCUCAACGACAAACAGUACAGCAAGGUGCCAUUGUUACCUGGAAAUGGGAUUCGUCAGUGAGCCUUGUGACACGUCAAUAUAGAAUUCAGCAAGUAGCCAACGUUUAUAGUACAGAUCCAGUUAUCAAUGGCUUUGAUUCUGGUAGCGCAACUUCUUCAGGUACAUUUUCCUAUCAAUUCAAUUCGUUAGGUACUUACUAUUAUUGGUCACCAUCGAUUACACCGUAUCGAGAUAUAUCCAUUCGUGGCAUCAUCGACGUUAUUCCAUCGGAAUCAGACGUAUGGAUGGUUGAAGUAGUUUCAAACGGAAGCAACGCUCAAGCAUGUGUCUUUCCAUUUACAUAUGAUUCGAUGACUUAUACAAACUGCACUUUGGAAAAUGAUACUCAGCCAUGGUGUUCUCCAACAUCAAUAUACACAGGCCAACGUCUCUAUUGUAAACCAGCAGUUUCUGUAUCAUCGAAUGCAUCAUGUACAUCGAAUAUUUUCGACGAAAAUCUAUGCAAUCAAACAUCAGCAUCAUCUCUCGGACCAUCACAGAUCCUAGUUAGCCAAUGUACAUCGGACACUAUUCUUUCGAUCUCACCUACCAAUGGUAUUAUUGGAACUUUGUUGACAAUAACAGGAACGAACUUUUCUGGAAAUAUGUGUGAAUAUGAUAUUCAAAUAGGCACAUCUUAUCAUUGUCCGAUUGUAAAUAUGACAUCAACUGAACUUAUCUGUCAAACAACAUCUGGUUCAAUGCUGAAUGGUACCGUUGCUUAUACUGUUCGCGUAGCUCGUCGUGGUUACGGUUAUUUGAACAGUCAAAGUCAAUUACGGUUCAUAUUUGAGGCAUCAAUAUUAAACAUUACUCCCAUGAUUGGUUCGAUCUAUGGUGGCACCGAAGUAACAAUUGAAGGUGUCGGAUUCAUUCCAGGAUCCACACGUUUAUUUAUUGGUACUACUGAAUAUACGAACGUUACAAAUGUAUCUUACUCGAAAAUUGUAUUCAAAACUUUACUACGACCAUUAUAUGUCAAUUAUAAUUACACCGUCAAUGUGACAGUUCGUGAUACUCGCAUUCUGUGUUCAAUGCCAUCGUGUGUUUUCUCUUGGUCAACAAGUGUAACACCGUAUCUUGAUUCAGUGACUCCACAAGUCAUUAAUAGCUCGACAAAUCUUACCUUUACUGGUCGAAAUUUGCUCACUCGUAACGAUACCACAGACAUACAUGCACUUUGUUCAAUCGCUGGUGUAGAGAUGGGUGUUUAUCAAGUUACAGCAUUCAUCGAUGGUAUUGGACAAGUCAUCUCUUCUCUCAAUAUCACAUCACUAGGCAUCCUAUCCAGCUUAUCACCGUCUACGACUGGUAUCUACGGUGGCGCUCAAAUGAGCAUCUUUGGUAAUGGAUUUUCUAACGCGAUUGAAAAUAUUCAAGUAAUAAUUGGUGAAAAUUCAUGCCGUGUUGUUCGAGCAACAGUAAACGAAAUUCGAUGUAUCAUUCCUGCUCAAGGCAACAGUUCGGAUCAGGCUAACGUCACAGUUAUCACGAAUAACAUCACUUUAGACUCGUCACUUCUGUUUAGCUACAAUAAUUCACUAACACCGAUGGUCACAUCUAUAAAUUCAACUUCGGACAAUAGUUCAACUGCACUUACAAUCAAUGGGGAUCAUUUCAUAGUUGGAAACACGACUGUAUUUGUUGGAAAUCUCCCCUGUACUAUUACAAACAUGUCUGUUAUGUCUAUCCUAUGCACAGUUAGUCCAUAUCAAUCAGCUGGACAUCAUCCAGUAGUUGUCUAUGUGAUUGAUAACGGUAUGUCUAACUCUGAUCGUUACUACACUUAUGACCUCCGUGUGAACCGUAUAUCACCUACGGAAGGAGGCUACGGCAGUAGUCUUUUAAUUGUCAUCGAAGGUGAUGGAUUCAACAGUACGAACAUAAACGUUCGUAUGUGUAAUCGACCAUGUUUAUCAGUACGAAUUUCAUCGAAUACUCGAAUGGUCUGUGAAACGCCUGAUAUAUUAAUGAAUGAAACAACAUAUUCCUGUAAUUUAACUGUAACUGUGGAUGAUAUGAGUCAAAGUCAAAUGUUUACUUAUGCAGCAAAUCUAACAGCAAGAAUAAGAUCAAUUAGUCCACAGCGAGGAGGAACCGGUGGUGGUACGAUAGUUACUAUCAAUGGUACUAACUUUCCGUAUUCGUCGAAUGAGACCAGAGUGACUAUUGAUGAUGCAAAUUGUUCUGUAGUAUCAGUUAAUUCAACAAGUAUCACAUGUGAAACAGGUUUUCAUUUACGAACGAAUCUAAAUGCAGCUGUGCGCGUCUAUUUCGGUGGUAGUACUUCUGCUAUCAGCGAUGUUACAUUCGCCUACAUAGACUUAUGGUCAAGUCCAUGGACAUGGGGUGGCGAUGUUCCACCAGAAGCCGACACGAUUGUAUCAAUCGAAAAUGGCACUACAGUCUAUUUAGAUAUUUCAACACCCAUACUGAAAGCAUUAGUGAUCGAUAAUGCUACAUUGAUUUUUGACGAAAAAGAUAUUAGAUUGAAUGCAGAAUAUAUCAUCAUUGUAAAUGGUGGGCGUUUACAAAUCGGCACUGAAACAGAACCAUUUCAACAUCGUGCUAUUAUCACGAUGUAUGGAAAUUUACGAGCGACUCAAUUACCUAUUUUUGGUGCGAAAGUAUUAGCCGUACGUCACGGCAUACUCGAUAUGCAUGGGCAGACGACAACCACAACGUGGACAAAAUUAGACAUGACAGCUGAAAGUGGUUCAUCGAUAAUUACUCUUCAACAUUCAGUUAACUGGACAAUCGAUAGUCAAAUAAUCAUUGCUACUACUGGUGAUUUUGCCAGUCAAAAUGAGAGCGAAGUUCGUCGAACUUUACCCAUUUGGGCGUUGUUCUUCAGUUCAAUGCAACAACUAUCGAAGUUCGUGCUGAAGUUGGACUUCUAUCGCAUAACANAACAACUUGUUGAUCGAUUCUGGCAAGUGAACUUAUCUCUAACAAGCGAUAAUGAUCCGGAUUUGAAAAUCCUCUCGGAUUACAUGAAAAAAGAACUGGGCGAAGGUACUCCACUCAGUAAACUUGGUCACUUAAUGAUUAAAAUGGGCGAAUUUAAUCACGCUCAUGAAAUAUAUGAUGCACAACUUGCUUCUGUAGAUGAAGGUAAUUGGCGCAGACAAGCGCAUCUUAACCAUCAACUUGGGUAUGUGUUCGCUGAAAAGGGCGACUAUCAGAAAGCAUUGGAAUACUAUCAAAGAGCUCUUAAAAGCGAAUUAGAGUUCGUGCCAUCAGAUGACUCAUCACUGGCAACAACCUAUAAUAAUCUUGCCGGUGUUUAUGAAUCGCUAGGUGACUAUACAUCUGCGCUGACCGAAUAUCAAAAAGCGUUAGAAAUACAAAAGAAAUCUCUUCCUUCUGAUGAUCCUGCACUCGCUACCACGUAUGGUAAUAUUGGUCUAAUUUACAGAACAUUAGCGGACUUCAGCAAAGCGCUUUUAUUCUAUGAAACAGCACUAGAUAUUCGCCGAAAGCGAGUACCACCAAAUCAUCCUGAUUUUGGAACAAUGUAUGGUAACAUUAGCGGAAUAUACAAAGAUAUGGGAAACUAUUCCGAGGCGUUAAAUUAUUCUAAGAAGGCGCUUGAUAUCCGAGAAAGGUCUCUUCCUCCAAAGCAUCCAGAUCUAGCGUCAAGCUAUGCUAACUUUGGCUCGGUCUACAGUUCGAUGCGAAAUUAUCAACAAGCGUUAGAGUACUACCAAAAAGCACAACAAAUCCAAACUGUAUCGUUGCCCGCCAACCAUCCUGACAUUGCCACUACCUACAACUGUAUCGGAUCAGUACAUGAUUCAAUGGAAAACUAUUCCGAAGCGUUAUCAUGUUUCGAAAAAGCUUUGGAAAUUCAGAAGCAGACUUUACCAGAAAAUCAUCCAAGUAUUGCUAAUACUUACAAUCAUUUCGGAUCUGUGUAUUAUUCCAUGAAUAAUAAAUCAGCUGCAUUAUCAAGCUACCAAAAAUCGCUAGAGAUUGAAGAAAUGACAUUACCUUCAAAUCAUCCAUCCCUGGUUACUUCGCACAACAACAUUGGAUCGGUUUAUCAGCUGAUGAAGGACUACACAGCAGCGCUGUCUUCGUACGAGAAAGCACUUGAAAUCUGUCAGAAAACUGAACAAUUAACUCAAUCAGAUAAAAUGGUGACAACUUAUAACAAACUCGGAUCGGUGUACAAUGUCAUGAAAAAGUAUUCCGAAGCGUUAUCGUAUUUUGAAAAAGCAUUGGAAACACUAAAGAAAUCGUUGUCUCAAAACGAUCGUAGUUUAUCGGUUACAUAUAACAACAUGGGUAUAACUUAUUCUGCGCUAAAAGACUACGAGAAAGCGCUCUCGUGUUAUUCUAAAACACUAGAAAUCGAGCGGAAAACUCUUCCAGAGGACCAUAAAGAUAUGGCAACUUCCUAUAGUAACAUCGGUAUAGCUUACAACGAAAUGAAGAACUAUCCAAAAGCUUUAGAAUAUCACGAAAAAGCACGUGCCAUUCGUGAGAACAAGUUGUCUACCGGCAGUCUCGUACUUGCUUCCACUUAUAGUAACAUCGCUUCAGUGUAUUUCAGCAUGACGGACUAUCCUAAAGCCAUUUUGUUUUAUCAAAAGGCUGCUACGGUUCUUGGAAAUUCUUCCUCAAGUGACGAACUUGAUCUAGCAACCAAUUAUAAUAACAUUGGCAUUGCCUACAGCCGCAUCGAUGAUAAAACAAAUGCCCUUCAGUACUAUCAAAAAUCACUGGAAAUUCGAGAGAAAAAACUUCCAGCAAAUGAUCCAACACUUGCCUCAACCUACAAUAACAUCGCGUCCGUGUAUUUUGACAUGAAGGAGUAUCCUAAAGGCAUUUCGUUUUAUCAGAAGGCUGCGGCGGUUCGUGAAAAUUCUUCCUCAAGUGACGAACUUGAUCUAGCAACCAAUUACAAUAACAUUGGCAUCGCCUACAGCCGCAUCGAUGAUAAAACAAAUGCUCUUCAGUACUAUCAAAAAUCAUUGGAUAUCCGAGAGAAAAAACUUCCAGCAAAUGAUCCAACACUUGCCUCAACCUACAAUAACAUCGCGUCCGUGUAUUUCAGCAUGACGGACUAUCCUAAAGCCAUUUCGUUUUAUCAGAAGGCUGCGGCGGUUCGUGAAAAUUCUCCCUCAAGUGACGAACUUGAUCUAGCAACCAAUUACAAUAACAUUGGUAUCGCCUACAGUCGCAUCGAUGAUAAAACAAAUGCCCUUCAGUACUAUCAAAAAUCGCUAGCGAUUCGAGAAAAGAAACUACCACCAAAUGAUCCUGUAUUGGCUGCACUUUAUCAAAAUAUUGCAGCAAUACAUUCAUCAACAGAUAACAAUUCAGCUGCUGUUGAUUUCUACGAAAAGUCACUCAAAAUUCGAGAAUCAUUGCCGUCUCCUGACCAUCAGUCAAUGGCGACCACCUAUUAUAAUACAGCGAUGAUUUAUUUUAAACUCAAAGACUAUGCAGCAGCGGUCAGACAUGCAGAAAAAUCUGUUAGCAGCGCUCGUCUAGGCUAUGGUCCCGAUCAUGCCGAAGUAGCAGAAAAUCAAGCUCUAGUGGACAGAAUCCGUCGCUUACUAUAA